CCAACAUCCUGUGGCUCCAAUUUUGAUAGGGUGGAAGGGGAAGUAUAAAGGCUUUUGUCUCCGUGGAAGGGACGCAUUUCAGCAGCUAAGCUUCGCUCCUUUGAUCUUUUGCGCGCAUACAUACCAGCCUACGAACCAGCCUGGGAACCGGCCAAUCUUUCAACCACUCCCCCAAAACACCCCACACGACACCACCCAGCCGCCACCAUGACCGCCACCACGUCCACCACCACCAACUCCGCGCUCUUCACCCCCCUCCCCUUCGGCCCACACACCCUCUCGCACCGCCUCGUCCUCCCACCCCUAACCCGCCUACGCGCCUCGCGCACGCACGUCCCCCUCCCUUCCGUAGAAACCUACUACACCCAGCGCGCCAGCACGCCCGGCACGCUGCUCAUCAGCGAAGCCGUCUUCAUCUCUCCGCGCGCCUCCGGGUACGCGCACGCGCCCACGCUGGCGACCUCCGAAGCGCUCGCGGCCUGGAAAACCGUCACCGACGCCGUGCACGCGAACGGCUCGCGCAUCUAUGCGCAGCUGUGGGCGCUGGGGCGGACGGCUAACCCUGCCGUCCUUGCGCAGGAGGACGGGAAUGUCGGCCUCGUGAGCUCCAGCGCUGUGCCCCUCGCGCCAGGGACGUUCAUUCCCGCGUUCACGGGCCCGGAGGCCGGCACGCCGCGCGCGAUGUCUGAGGACGAGAUCCGUGGUUUCAUUGCUGAUUACGCGGAUGCUGCGCGCGCGGCUGUGAGCGAGGCGGGCUUCGAUGGCGUUGAGAUUCACGGCGCCAGCGGGUAUCUGGUCGAUCAGUUCACGUCUACGACCGUGAACCAGCGCACUGAUGCCUGGGGCGGGAGCGUGGAGAAGCGCGCACGGUUCGGCGUCGAGGUAGCGCGUGCGGUCGCGGAUGCGGUUGGCCCGGAACGCGUGGGCAUGCGCUUGUCGCCUUGGAGUGGGUUCCAGGGCAUGGGGAUGCCCAAGGCCGAGACUGAGCAGCAUUAUGGUUGCUUGAUCCGGGGGUUGCGCGAUCUGGGUCUCGGCUAUCUGCAUCUGGUGCAGGGGCGUGGUAUGCCUGGUGGCCCGGACGAGAGCCUCGAAUUCGCGCUGGAGGCGUGGGGUUUGCGCACCGGAAACAAGGCGCCUGUGAUCUUGGCCGGCGGCUAUGACAGAGAGGAGGCAAUGCGCGCUGUGGAUGAGGAGUACAAGGGCUUGAAUGUCCUUAUUGCUAUGGGGAGGUAUUUCAUCAGCAAUCCGGAUCUGGUCUUCCGGCUGAAGAGAGAGAUUGCGUUGAACAUGUAUGAAAGAGAAACGUUUUACAUGCCGGAGACGACAAAGGGCUUCAUAGACUAUGAGUUCUCAGAGGAGUGGAAGAGGGAAGUAGCCGAAGCGUAAAAGUGUUUAGAGAGCUACAUCGUAGAAAACAAAUGCCGCUGAUGUGGCUUAUUCGCCAAUCCCACUUGGUUCCUGCAAUGAAAAACUACUUGCCGAGUUCCUUCGCAAUCGAGCAGCCACACCGAAUAGC